GAUGGCGGUGGCUGAGACACAGCUGUACGCAAAGGUGUCCAACAAGCGCAGGAGCAAAAGCACCUCUGCACUCCUCGAGUCUCUCCUCGCCAAAGGAUUCCCGGCUCAUAUCGCGCAAAAAGCCUUGGCUGCUACUGGACAAAAGACAAUAGAAGAUGCUGCAAAGUGGUUGCACUCCCACUGCAAUGAUCCCUCUCUGGAGGACCCAAUCCCUCAGGAGUAUGCUCUUUACUUGUGUCCCACCGGCCGUUUGCAUAACCAUCUGCAAGAGUUUUGGAAGGAGAGCAAGCGCCAGUGCGGGAAAAACAGAGCCCACGAGGUUUUUCCACACAUCACUCUCUGCGACUUCUUCACAUGUGAAGACCAGAAAGUGGAAUUAUUGUAUGACAUCUUAAAGCGAGUUGGUGACAGCUUUUCACAGAGCUUUCCAGCAUCCAUUUCCCUGUCACUACAUUCAUCCACCAGCUAUCUUGGCUUUUUUGUUGGUGACAGCCAUGCAAAUAUCCUCAAAGAGUUUGCUCUGUCAUUCUCAUCAGAGGCUGCAGCCCUGGCAGAUUGCCAUGUGAAGCCCUGCCUAAAGCAGCUCCACCUUACCUUGGCUCACAAGUUUUAUCCUCACCACCAGAAGACUUUGGAACAAUUGGCCAAGUACAUUAACCCAGAAGAGACCUGCCAGUGGGUAGCUGCUCUCUACUCACGGGACAUGCGUUUUGUGCAUUACCAGACGCUGAGGGCCCUCUUCCAAUACAAGCCCCAGAACAUCGAUGAACUCAUGAUCAACACUGGGGACUUCAUCUAUGUUGACCCGAGGCAGCAGUCCGACGUGAGUGAAGGCUGGGUGAUCGGGACCUCGCAUCGGACCGGCUGUAGGGGUUUCCUUCCUGAAAACUACACCGAGAGGGCCAACGAGUCAGACACGUGGGUUAAGCACCGGGAAUAUGUUUUUGUGACAGCUUCAAGGUUAUUCACGCAAUCUGAAAAUGAACCUAAUGUAAAGCUGAAUGGAGAAGUCCAUAAUCCUACUGUGUCAAGGAGUGUAACCAAGGUACUUUCUCUUCAGAAUGCCACUCUGAGAAGAGGCAUGCUGGUGAUGCGCCACGGAGAAAGAGUUGAUCAGGUCUUUGGCAAAUCUUGGCUUCAACAGUGCUUGACUGCAGAUGGAAAAUACUACAGAGCAGAUCUGAACUUCCCUUCCACCCUGCCAAAGCGGAAAGACAGCAUGAAGCACUUCGAAUGUGAUCCUCCUUUAUCUUCCUGUGGUAUUUUCCAGUCAAAGCUUAUAGGAGAAGCUUUGCUGGACCAGGAGGUGACAGUCAGCUAUGUGUACUCAUCACCCGCGCUCCGCUGCGUACAGACAGCUCAACACAUACUGCAGGGGCUUAAAUUAGAUCAAAAAGUCAAAAUCAGGGUGGAACCAGGACUGUUUGAAUGGACCAAGUGGGAAGCAAGCAAAGCAAUUCCUAACUUCAUGACUUUGACAGAACUGGCCGAGGCCUCUUACACAAUAGACACAAGUUACAGGGGUAACUUCCCACUCUCUUCUCUGGUGCCAUCGGAAAGUUAUGAAGAAUACAUAAGCAGAAGCUCUGCGGUUAUAAAACAGAUCGUCACUGCCUGCCCCAGCAAAGGUAAAGGUGUCAUCCUCAUUGUGGGCCAUGGCUCUUCCUUGGCAUCUUUCACCCGACCUCUGAUAGGGCUCCCUGCCAGAGACAGCAGCGACUUUGCCCAGACGGUACGAAAGAUCCCUUCACUAGGCAUGUGUUUCUGUGAAGAGAUUAAAGAGGAGAACAAAUGGCAGAUGGUCAACCCACCAGUGAAGACAUUAACUCAUGGAGCAAAUGCAGCAUUUAACUGGAGAAACGGUAUCGUGGAAGAUUAGAAGGCCAGCUCUGCCUUUGCAGUUGUCAAAAAUGAGCCAAAGACAGAUUAUGGUUCAGCACAGUCCAGUGAUUCAUCCAGACAAAUUACAGAUGGUGGGAAAUACCCUCUCUGAGUUGCCAAAUCAUAGGAAAACACUUCUGAGUUUGGUGCCUGAAUUUUGUUUUCAUUUCAGUGGCUAAGAAGAAGCAAGCUAGGAACUGGUGCUCAAGUGAGCAGUUAACUCUACUGAUGGUGAAAAAAGUACCUUUUAACCUUUUCUGAGAGUAUCAAUGUUUAAUAAAUGCGGAACUAUAAAUUUCACUACUAGAGGCACUGAAGUAGACAAUGUUGCAUUUUCCAAGACCAAUAUACAUCCAGGAAGAAUUGCUUCUUUUCAUGCAUUUGGAUAUUUUCAGACAAGCAGAGAAACUGGGACAGAAAAAAAAUCACCUCCUACCCAGAGACCAGCUCUACCUAAAGCCACUGAGCUUCCUGUUUGCUGCGCCAGUUCUGUGAGGGGAAAUACCACACUGACUAUUUAUUUGCCUAUUAUACAAAGUGGUCCACCUUUUAUCACAACAGCUCCUCAUUCAGUGAUUCCUGAGUGAUCCAUACUGCAAAAAGGACUAAAAUGGUUCCUUUUUGAAGAAAACUGAAGGGAUUGCUUUACGGUUGCUGUUACUGUACUGGUGAUGAAACCAUGACAUGAGAAACUCUAACUGCUGAGCACUUCCUGAGAUGGCACUCCCAAGAGAACAGCUUUGUUUUGUGCUGUUCCAUGCCAAAUUGUAUAAAUGAAGACACACCUACUGGGCAGGUCACCCAAAAGGUCUCUGUAGCUCUUCUUUUAGUGAUUUGUUCAAGGGAAUGUAGCCCUAAAAUUUUAUGCACAAAAAGUAACAUGUCUUUCCAUAGUUUUUUUUUCCUUUGUAAUUUUUCUUUCUAGUUUUCCUCUCAGAUAACUACCUCUGGGAAAGCACAAGUGGUUUUCUUUCAAAGAGAGGAAAAAUGGAGGGUUCUCUUUCUCUCUUAGCAUAACUAAAAACAUUUUCAU